AUGUCAUUCUUAAGGUUCACCUUUCGAUCUUCUUCUUCUUCUUCUUCUUCUUCCAUUUCUUACUUAAGGCGAUUUUACUCUCACUCUCCAUUUCAUGUUAAUAAUGAUGUUGAUAAUGCUGUUUCUUCAUUCCAUAGCAUGCUUCGUAUGAAUCCAACCCCAUCCAUUGUUGAAUUUUGCAAGAUUUUAACUUCCCUUGUUAAGAUGAAACAUUAUCCCACUGCUAUUUCCCUUUCUAACCAAUUACAAUUCAAUGGAAUUAUGCCUGAUAUUGUUACUUUCAAUAUAUUGAUCAAUUGUUACUGCCACCUUCGUCAAAUGUCUUUUGCCUUUUCUCUAUUGGCUAAGAUUCUCAAGUUGGGUUAUCAGCCUGAUGUCAUAACUUUAACGACUCUUAUCAAAGGUUUGUGUUUUAACGGUAAGGUGAAGGAAGCACUGCAUUUUCACGACCAUGUGGAUGCACAUGGAUUUCACCUCGACCAUGUUAGCUACGGGACCUUGAUCAAUGGAUUGUGUAAAAAUGGAGAAACAAGGGCUGCCUUGCAAGUUCUAAGACGAAUUGAAGGGAAAUUGGUCAAGCCUACUGUGGUAAUAUACAACACAAUUAUUGAUAGUUUGUGUAAAGAUAAGCUUUUAAUAGAUGCUAAGGAUUUAUAUUCUGAAAUGAUUGCAAAGAAUAUUUCUCCUGAUGUUUUCACUUACACUUCUCUAAUAUAUGGAUUUUGCAUUGUUGGUCAAUUGAAAGAAGCAUUUGAUUUGUUCCAUGAAAUGCCAUUGAAAAACAUCAACCCAAGUGUUUAUACUUUUACUACACUGGUCGAUGCUCUAUGUAAAGAAGGAAAGGUGAAACAAGCUAAAAAUGUGAUAGCUGUGAUGAUGAAAGCAGGCGUGGAACCUGAUGUUGCUACAUACAGUUCAUUAAUGGAUGGGUAUUGCCUAAUCAAUGAAGUGAAUAAGGCCAAAGUUAUAUUCAACAGUAUGGCCCAAAGAGGAGUGAUGCCCGAUGUUAAUGGCUAUAAUGUCGUGAUUAAUGGGCUGUGUAAAAUUAAAAUGAUGGAUGAAGCCAUGAAUCUCUUCAAAGAAAUGCAAAACAAGAAGAUUAUUCCUGAUACAGUAACUUACAGUUCUCUUAUUGAUGGUUUGUGCAAAUCAGGGAGAAUCUCUCAUGCUUGGGAGCUUCUUGUUGAGAUGCAAGAUAGGGGUCAACCUGCCAAUGUAAUCACUUACAAUUCUUUAUUACAUGCUUUAUGUAAAAACCAUCAUGUUGAUAAGGCAAUUGCAUUGGUCAAGAAAAUUAAAGACAAAGGCAUUCAACCAGAUAUGCACACAUACAAUAUACUCAUGGAUGGACUUUGCAAACAAGGGAGAUUUCUGGACGCACAAGUGAUUUUUAAUGAUCUUUUGAUUAAAGGCUAUAAGGUAACAGUUUGGACAUAUAAUAUUAUGAUCAAUGGUCUUUGUCUAGAGGGCUUGCUUGAUGAAGCUGAGGCCCUGCUGUCAAAAAUGGAAGACAAUGGAUGCAUUCCUGAUGUUGUAACUUAUGAAACAAUUAUUCACUCAUUCUUUGAAAAUGAUAAGAAUGAAAUGGCAGAGAAACUUCUACGUGAAAUGAUUGCUAAAGGUCUAUUCUAA